UUAGGGGCUUACUGGAGUGCUAUAUGUUUCUCUGGGGUUGUACAACUCUUUAUUGAUAGCCAUUACGCUAUCAUGGAUACAAUAAGACUAUCACUCUGUGUGCCUACUCUCUACCUUGGAACAAGCCCUGCCUAGCCCUCCGUUGCAUUACUACUGAGAAGAUUACCACGAAAGGAUUACCACUAAGAGAGUGGGCGGAAAUAACGGAUUUCUCAACAUGUGAAACGUAAUGGGUCAUUUGGCAAUCCUGAAAAGAACACUCUCGCGACGCAAAAGGUUUCAACAAGGCCAGACGGAGUGCCAUGAUCAAAAACAGUUUACAAGGAAACAGAAAAGGAUACUCGACCGGCACAACCGAACCAAGAAAGAAGUUUCAGCACAUCCGUUGGAAGUUGGGGAAGUGUCAUCAUGUGAUUCGAGUAAUGACAGUAACGAUGUAUUUACAUCACCGGAUCGCGACGAGGCGUUAACGGACUCCCCGGCCCGCCAACGUGCCUAUUCAGCUGCAGGGCAGUAUGGCCAUGAUGUUGGUCCUUGCAUGACCAGAAGGGGAUCUUGCUGCUGCCACGCCCAGCUUCAGUGUCAAGCUUCUAGCCAAAGCGUCCCGGACAUACGACAGACCGAGCCUCCUUUGGCUGGUCCUACGAGACGAUGGGAGUCAGAUCCUGUUCAAAUCCAUACGACAGGAGUAGCUGGGGGAACAGUGGAUACGGUAUAUGCUGCAGGUUUAAGCAGCGGUCCAGCCCAUCAAGGAAAUGUCAUUGUUAACAACUUCACGAGACCAACAGAAGCCACAAGCAAUUCAGAUAAGGACUCGUGUUCUGAUGAAGAUAACAAUGAUUGCAACGGGGACAUCAGGAACGAGCUGAAGAGGAAGUUUAUGUACUACAGGGAGGACUUUGAACCUCUCUUGCAGCAGGCUGCAGGGAUCCUUCUGCUGUACAUCAUCCUGCCGCUCUUUGUCCUAGGAUGCAUGACUGUGCUGGCAACAGAUGCCCCACUCAUCAAGUUCGGGGUUCUUUUUUUGGCAGUGUUCGUCUCUAGGUUCACAGUUGUACUUAAGUAGGGAUUGACGUCAGUCAUUUUCUACAAAAAUGUAUUUGACAUUCCAAAUUUGAUGCAUCAGUGACAAAAUUUAUGUAAUGCCCUAUGUUGACUUAUGCCACACGUUCCCGAAUUAGUUCAGGUAAACAACUGACUCGAUUUAGCAUAUGUUUAUGACGGGUGCCAUCGGUGAGUCAGGAUACGCUCAUCUUUUCGCGAACCCUUUUAUCAUCACUGUUUCAUAGUGAUUCAUAAACUCAUCGUCAUCGUAUCGCAUGGUGACAAUCACUGAACUGUCUGGUCCAGUCGAUUUGUUUACAUACAACAUCGAAUAAUACUGCUGAAACAAAUACAUACUCAUGAUAUGGUCACAAUUGUACACUCGACUCUGCUUUUAGCAUAUAUCUCUUAUGAACGUGGAAUGGGUUGUGUCGCUUUUAUUCCACUAUUGUAAAUACGCACGCAGGAUAUUUUUCACUUUUGAUCAUGAAAGGUUCAACACGCCGUUCUGGUGAUGUUACGUAAUUUAUUAAUUUUUUAAAAUUUACAUUUUGCUGCAACAUGGCUCAAAGCAGCGUCAUCUGACCAGUUAGCUUUGAUAAUCACAAAUAAUCACAUGUCUACAAACAUGCAUUUGGUAUGAUGUAGCUUUCCACAUGUUUAACUCUAAGUACCAUAUUCUUGUACGCGAAUUCCCCAUAUAGGUACAAUGUGUGAAGUCUGUUUUCUUUGUCUAUUGGUCUCGUACACCCAGUGUGAAAUAGGGGGCGGUGGGGCAUCCUAACGGUUAAAACGUUCGACUCGGUUUCGAUUCUCGACAUGGGUACAAUAUGCGAAUCCAAUUUAUGGUGUCCCUCGACGUGAUAAUGCCGGUAUGUUUCUGCAAGCGGCACUCACUUUUAAGCAAAUUGUAUACAGAAACCAUCACUAUCAGCUUUCCUGUCUUGACAUCUCUUCCCUAAUGUAUGUGUGAAAAACAUUUCAAAGAAAAAUCCCUCCACAUAUAUGUGAUGAAAUUUGGAAUCUAGCCUAUCAUUUCCGAUUAUGGGAAGGACCAUGGCGUGAGAUAGUCGUAUUUAUGUCUAGGAUUUGAUAAUACCUACAGAAGAUAUUACACGGUCUCCUCUUGACAAAUGUUAAAUGCUUUUUAACAUAAAAAUCAUUUUGGUUUAAUGUUGGAAAGAGGUUGGAAAAUCGUUUUUAGACAUAUAACAUAUGUAACUCACAAACUAUUAAUACCCUUUACCUCUUGUUGGAUACAUUUUUAAAAGUAGGCAUUAAACUAAUUUUAUGUAUGUGAUGCAUUUAUUUUAAAAAUAUGCACCCUUUGAAUGUAAACGUCUCUUCCCUUUCAUGUCAUUUCAGUUUACGUGCAUACAUAAUACUGAUAGUUAAGCUGUAUGCUAGUAGACGGAAUUUUGACAUUUUCGUUGGAUGGAAGAGACAAAAACAUAUGGGGCUUUUAAGAUUUCUGGUUUCACUCCUGGGGUCCUUUCAGACUGAAAGGUUCACGCUGAGGGUGAAAACUGUUCUAGAUACAGAUGUGAUGGGACACAUUAUAUGUAUCCGUCACACAGUCCAUUUCUCUUCACCAUUCACUUUAAAAACUAAAUUUACUUCUAUAGGCUGAUGUUCGAUUAGGCAUUUAGAGCGUUUAUGUUGCCAAUGGGUGUGUUUACUGCAGUUAGUGAAGAAAGGUCUUUCCUUGUUGUCGUGAAGGUCAUAUGGCAACACAGGUGAAUACAUCAUGAAUGACAUUCCAGAAUUAUUUUUCUUGCGUUCUUACGGCUAAUGGCUGAUUGCAUAGUAUUCGUUUUCAUAAUUCUGACGAAUAAGUGUAUAAUCUUUCCGAACUGAUUUCAACAACAAAUGUUGUGGAUAUAAGAAAAUUCAUUCUAAUAACGUACUUUUUGUUUCACCCCUAAUACAAAUAUGUAGUAUAACUGAAAAAUAUCUGUGAAAUACCAGCAUAGAUGUUAAGACAAGGAGAACACCAAUCAAACCCCACUGUUGUUGCUAUUAGAUACGGUAUAUUAAUGUGUUUUGUGAAAUAAAAUAUUUUUCUUAGUCA